AUGCAGCAUGGAGGAAAAAGUGAUAAGAAAAGAGGAACAGCUGCCCAGGACAAACAAGCAGGUGAAGAGGAGGAGGACAAUGGAGCUUCUGGAGUGAUUGAGAGCACUGAGGGUGAAGAUGGUAAGGAGCCAACUAUGGCAGACUUGGUUUCAAUCCUUCAGGCUAAUAUGGCUCAACAGGAGGCCCGAGAAGCAAGGCAAAAGGAGGUAACUGAACGCCAGGAGCAGAGAUUUAAAACACUCCAACACCAGUUCCAGCUUCUCCAGUUGGAGGUUCAGGCCCGAACAUCUUCACUUCAGGAUGCUGUACCAGGUAACCCAGAUUUAUCAGAAACGGAGAGUUUACCAUCUACAGCUAAGCCCCUGGGCAAAGCUGAUUUCAUGUUACCUUCAUCAGGUCAGAUGUCUUCACAUCAUGAGCCCAGACUUGAGAAAUUAACUGAUAAUGAUGAUAUUGAACAUUUUCUUAUCACAUUUGAACGUAUGGCAUUAGCAUAUCGAUGGCAAAAGUCAGACUGGGUGUUUCGUUUAAUACCAUUGCUAACUGGAAGGGCAAGAGGUGCUUAUGUGCAUAUGGCCAUUAAUGACUCUCUUGACUAUAAUAAAGUAAAAGCUGCCAUUCUUUCUAAGUUUGACAUUAACCCUGAGACUUACAGGCAGCGGUUCCGUUCUACAGAGGUUAACUCUGAUGAAAGCCCCAAGGAGUUGUAUGCCAGACUUAAGGAGCUUUAUGGUAAAUGGAUCCAACCUAAAGAGCUCCAGGUCUGGAUUCGGGAGCAGGACCCAGGUUCUGCAGUGGAAGCUGCAAGGUUGGCAGACAUCUUUGUAGCAGCCCAGAAGAAAGGUCAGCCGUGGAGUUAUAGUGCAUAG